GAGGAGAGCCCCGCCCUUUCCGGGAUGGCCUGCGCCCGGGGGCGCCCGGGCGUGGGCGUCGGAGUGGUGGUCGUCAGUUCUGCCCACCCAGGAUGCGUCCUCCUCGGCCAGAGGAAAAGCGCCGUCGGCGCCGGCAUGUUCCAGCUCCCCGGAGGACACCUCGAGUUCGGUGAAAGCUUGGCAGAAUGUGCAGAAAGAGAGGUUUUGGAAGAGACAGCCUUGCACCUAACAAAUGUUCGCUUUGCAUCUACUGUAAAUGCUGUUAGUCUGAACGAUAAUUACCACUAUGUAACAAUCUUAAUGAAAGGAGAGGUGGAUAUGAAUUAUGAAUGUGAACCAAGGAAUCUGGAACCUGAUAAAAAUGAAAGUUGGGAAUGGGUAAAAUGGGAAGAGUUUCCUUCAGCAGAUCAACUGUUCUGGCCUUUAUGCUGCUUAAAAGAACAAGGUUACAAUCCUUUCACAGAAGAAUUUAAUCACCUUGUGGGAUACACUGGAAAUCAUUAUGUGAAAAAAGAGUGCUAAAUUUACUACAUAGGAAAUAUGUGUUUUUACAGAGACAUUUAUUUGUAAAAUGAAGAAUUCUGUAUCACCUGGGAGGGGGUAGUUUUAUCUAAGCAUGAAGUCAGCUACUUCCACCAAACGUAGCAAAAAUCCUUGACACUAAACAUGCCACAAAAAUGCAGCCUUUUUGCAAUCAGUAUUGGUCUUUGUUGCCUCUACUCUUCAAUCUAUAAUGGCAAGUAAGAUUUUGAUGUAAUAGAUAUUAUAAAGCAAGUGUGCAAGAGGGUGCUGUAGAGCAGCUUUCCUGAAAGCCAGAUGAGCGCUGCAACCCCAUAGUCACCUUUGACUGGACUUAACCUUCCAGGGGUCCUUUACCUUUACCUUAUUAAAUACAAGGUUGUUCCUUCCAUACUCUGUGUGAUAACACGCUGACUGCUUUUUGAAUGUUGUUUUUGAUAAACAAGUAUUACGUUGUAUGUUU